AUGCCACAGAAAUCGCUUCUAACCGACACCGAGAAAGCCGUCGUAGUUAAGAGGCUUGCUGAAGGGGCUAAGAGCGUCGAAGUUGCGAAGGAGCUUGGAAGGGACCACCGUACUAUCAAGAAGUACCUGGAGGACCCUUCUAAGGUGUACCAGAGGAGAGGUGGGCCGUACGAGAAGUCUGUUACGCCACGGGAGAAGAGAAAACUCAAGAGAGAGAUGGCUAGAACUCCAUUAGCCACCAGUAAGGAGUUGUUUGACGCGGCGGGGGUGAGUAAAGGGAGCAAAAGCACCAGGUGCAAGGUGCUGAAGAGCAUAGGGAAGGUCUUGAAAGCCAACCCCAGGCCUUCAUUGACGAAAACCCAUAAGGAGAAAAGAGUGCGAUGGGCGAAGGAUAACAUGAAGACGGAUUUCUCGAAGGUGCUGUGGACGGACGAGUCACGAGCGACGCUAGACGGCCCCGAUGGGUGGGCCCGAGGGUGGAUUAUGGAUGGUACCGCUUGUCCGAGCCGAUCCAAGCGUCAACAGGGAGGAGGUGGCGUCAUGAUUUGGGCCGGAAUCAUCGAAGGGAAGGUCGUCGGUCCCGUGAGAGUCCAACAAGGAGUGAAGAUGAACUCGCAAGA